AUAACUGAGUGUAUAACUUAAAUUCAAUCGGUCAUCAGUCUGAACUCUAAAUAUGCCGUCGUCUGAAAAUAACUAUCCGGGAGCUGCUAGUCUAAUUCAGGAUAUUGGAAAAAAAAUGGCGAUUAUUGUACGAGGAGGUCGUGUGUUUAUUGGAUUUCUUCGAAUAAUUGACCAGUUCGGCAACGUCGUCCUUCAUAAUGCUGUGGAACGUAUUCAUGUGGCGAAAAAAUUCUGUGACGUUCCCCAGGGAAUACUUUUAAUUAGAGGUGAAAAUAUUACAAUUAUCGGGGAACUGAAUCCGGAAAUAAACAUCGACGAGAAGCUAGAAAGAGUUUCAGAAGAAGAGAUUUAUAAGCUCCAGCAAGAACAGACAGCCUCGCGCAAAGAACUAGCCAAGAAGCGAGCUGAACUAUUCGCGAUACGUGGAUUAGGUUUUCCAGACUUCUUAGAUAUAAUUGACGACACAUAAUCGUUGCACAUUUUCUACCAUGCUCAUUAAGUUGUCGCAAGUUGCGUAGUUUGUGUCAAUAAUUGAUAAUAA